AUGUCGCAGGCGUUGCAUGACAGCAUUGCUGACCCCAAUGCAACCGAUUUCACGAAUGGUGUCAAGAUGACCAAACCCAUUCUGGAGGGCAACUUGCCGGCUUCAUGGUAUACUCAGCCUCAGUUCUAUGAGUUCGAGCGCCGCGCAAUAUUCUCAAAGCAAUGGUUGCUCACUACUCACCGCCUCCGACUGCCGGAACCCGGCAGCUAUGUACGGUUCGAGAUGGCCGGCUUUGAUCUCAUCUUGGUCAAAACCAAGGAAGGGCAGAUUAACGCCUUCCACAACAUUUGCCGUCAUCGAGCAUACCCGCUCAUUACCAAAGACGAUGCAAACCAAGGCAAAAAGUCAAUUCUGAGCUGCGGAUAUCAUGGCUGGUCUUACCGUCUAAACGGCAAAUUGACCAAAGCUCCCAAGUUUGAGGAGCUGGAAGAUUUCAAUCGAGAAGACUACAGCCUGUUCGAAAUCUAUACGCAUAUCAGCAAGGUCGGAUUUGUGUGGAUCAACCUUGAUGCCUCCGACGACCCUAUUCCAUGGGAUGAAAUGAACGCUGGAACGGAUGAGCAACCACGGCUAAAAGACUUCCCUCUUGACUCCUAUGUGUACCACCGGACAUGGACCACGAAUGGGAAAUACAACUGGAAAUUGGUCGGUGACAACUAUAAUGAAUGUUACCAUUGCAAAGCAAGCCAUCCGGGCAUCACCAAGAUAACCAACCUAGACAGGUACUCGAUAGAGCGCCAUUCAGGGCGUCUGGAGCAUUUCCCUCCGAACAGAGAUGAUAUCAAGCCUGAAGACUUUGAGUACUUCGGCAACGGCGCCUUCACUUACAACUACCCCAACUCUUCGGCCAACUUGUCUACCCCGUACUUUUUCAUCAUGCGCGUCAUAACUGAGUAUCAAACGUUCCGAAAUCCUACCUCGACCCAGGACGCCUUUCAACGCGCCGCCGACUUCUUCGAAGGAAUCGAGCUGAAGGACUACGACCUGAUGAACGGGGUCCAGGGAAAUCUCAAUUCUGGAGUCUAUGUUCACGGGCCGUUGCACACCAAACGGGAGGGAGGCGUGCUUUAUUUCAAAAAAUUGGUCCUACAGCAGCUGAAAGACCACAUGAAAUUGGAGGCCGAGCCAGGCCGCGAAAUUUGGCCCGCGCAGCGCAAUCAGCAGGUGCAUGCUGCUGUUGGCGAGGAAGAAAAUUUCUGCUCUGCUGUUUGUGAAUGUGCAAGGAGGAAGAAUGGCUAA